ACAAUACCCACAAUUCCAUCCGUGCGUCAACAGCAACAGCUAGGAUGUUGCGAUAUCGCUGGCAGCCAAAGAUUGCUGUGGUUGCAGAGAUUAGGCUGCUGUGUUUUAACCCUUGACUAAUGUUUCUCUACGUGUCAAAUCCUGCGGUGAACUGUUUUUAGCCUCGGGAACAACAGACAGAGACUGUAGUCCUCUGUCGUAUCUGCGUUUGUUUGUGUUGACGAGGGGCUGGACCGCGCUAAAGCGUUAGCUUACUAAAACCAUAGUUUAAUCGUAAGUGGAAGCAAUUAAACAGCCUGAUGGGCAGCUAUGUGCCAGCUAAUAGUCGCUUCACUUGACUGAGGAUGGAAAGAUAUUUUUCGGCGACGCUACCAAACGAGUUACACGUCGGAAACAUCGCACUCAAGACAUUAUCUUCAGAGGAUAACCUGGAUAACCUUACACGAAAUGUCAUAGCGCGUAAGUAGCUAGCACUUAGCUAGCUCGGUAAUGGCUUGACGAGAUGGAGAAGGACCUAAUGUUAUCAUCAUCAGCAGCCGACCGUGAGCAGCUGGAUGGAUAGCUAAAGAAUACUUCCUCCGGAGAUGCUUUAGCCUCCUGGGUGGUGUAAUUCACUUACAUAACAGCUAGCCGCUCUAGCUAUCACCAACUGGCUUGUGUUGGCAAGCAAAUGGGAAUUUUGCCACCAAAAAAUCCGUGUUUGUCUCAACAUCAUCCUAAGUGACAAAGGCAUCAGUGCAGGUUUUAGGCUGCAAUAGACUUACUUGAAGCUUCGGACCCUUUACAUGUACAAUCUGACCUGCAUCAUCAUCUUAUCAGUGCAAUAAGUCAGUCCACAGGAAACAAGCAGUUCAUCUCUCUCUCUGUGUGAGUGUGUGUCAGUGAUUGAGACACGCACCCUGUCAUUGCGACAACAUGAGGAAGUUCUUUGAUUCCCGUCGGGAGUUGGUGAGCUCUGGGCCUGGUUCUGGAGGAGGAGGUAGCAGCUCUGGGUCCAGUCAUGCAGGCGGAAAUUUUAUUGGUAAAUCCUUCACCGUCGGGAAGCACCAGGUUACAGUGGAGGAGAUCAUUGCUGAAGGUGAGAAUGAGUACUAGAGGCUAAAUGUUUCCCUUUAUUUUCAUGCUUCUUGUUGUUGUUGAAGCCUGAGAUAUGAUUGAUGAUAUGGGAUAUGAGUCACAUGACAAGACCAGGACUGUAACCUUAUGCCAUCCACCACAGGAAUGAUGGAGCCCUGCAUCAGAUUGCAAAACAUAGGCCUACUGCUUUUUUAUUCUCAGCUGGACUCUGACUAACUGUUUCCUGCUCGCUGUUUCAUGAUUCACAAGUGUGAUUCAAACUGACCGGAGACCUGCAUGGUUCUGUACAGUUAAUGCAGUUAUUUUUUCCCUUUUAGUAUGAAUGAAUGAAAGUUUUGUGUGCUGCACAGGCUUUAAUUCACACAUGAUUACCAGGUUUUGUAAAUAUACAGGAGUGUGCAAAACUGUGUGCUUUCAGCAGACUGAGUACUGCUGAUGAAUCAGCAACCAAAUAAAGCUACUGUAUUCAUCAUUUUGAAUUGAAAACACAAUAUUUAUGCUUGCUUUACCUUGCAAUUUGUCGUGACUUUAUAAAGCAAAACAACUUCUUAGGCCAGCAGUAUAUACACACAAGUCAAUACUACACUAUCUUCUUUUGGUAUAAUACCUUACUUUACUGUCUGUUGUUUUUAGGAUGGUUUUCAUGUCAUUUUUAGGGCCAAAGGUUGUAGAUACAAAUAACAGUUUUUGCCACCAACUUGUCAAAGCCAGGGUCUAAGCAUAAAGAGAGUAUUGUAUAGCAGUAUAUUUACACAAAUCAAUACUGCACUAUGUACUUUUUCUAUAAUACCUUACUUUUGACUGUCUGUUGUUUUUAGGAUGAUUUUCAGCUGCCAUUUUUGUGGCUAAAGGUUGUACAUACAAAUCAGAGUUUUUGUCACCAACUUGUCAAAGCCAAGGUCUAAGCAUAGAAGAGAGAGUAUUGUAUAGCAGUAUACACACAAGUCAAUAUUGCACUAUGUACUUUUGGUAUAAUAUCAAUCAAUCAAUCAGUCUUUAAAGAAACAAAGAAUACCCAAAUUUACCCCAACCCAAGAUUAGAAGAAUACCCAAAUCUACCCCAGCCCAACCCCUCAUUCCCACCCCACGAUCUAAUUGCAACAGAAACAGUAUUAAAAUGCAUAAACUUAAAAAGGGCUUGGUGUCAUGGAAACAGGAAUGUGCGCACUGAGGAAACGUCAUUUUAAAACUCAAGAUAAGGAAACACUGGAGGUUUAUGUUAAUAUCUAAAAACAAAGAAACAAAGAAUGAAGUUUGAGAAAUAAUAAAAUGAAAUGAAAACAACAGUAAAAGAUAGUAAAAUAAGAGCACCAAGUAAUACCUUACUUUAGAUUAUCUGUUGGUUUUAGGAUGAUUUUUAUCUGUCAUUUUUGUGGCCAAAGGUUUUAGAUACAAUCACAGUUUUUGUCACCAACUUAUUAAAGCCAGGGUCUUUUCAUAGAAGGAAGACGGUAUUGUAAAGCCGGUCAGGACUUCAGUAUUUGGUCCUAAAGUUGAAGUCAUGCAGUCAUGUCCGUUGGUAUCUCUUUCACAUUUAUGGAGCUACAGUGGAAUACAAUACCAUUUAACACGUGUCACGUUGAGGUUGCAGCACAAGCCGCAGUGUCUGCCUGAAAUUGAUGACUCUGUCACGACCAAACUCGGCAAAGUGAAUUUGUGGUCCAGGCAAUACCAGAUGGUUAGGCCUCAAUGUAGGCCUCCACGUAAACCCUGCAGCAAUGACAUGACUAAUACAUGAUGCUAUAAGGCUGCUCCAUUUGGGCCUGAUCAUGCCUUUAGAUGCUACAUCGAGACAAAACUUGCUGUAGUAGCUUACUGCUGCCAGUAAAAAGUAGUAUUUGAACUAAAAUUCCCAAAUCGUGAUGCCUAAAGAUGACUAUUUAAAGAUUAGUUUGGGGGAUUUGUAUGUUUUUGUUUAGAGGAUAAGAUAGUAGAUAGAAGAGGAAAAUGGAGAGGAGGAUAAUGUGGGAAAUGGCCACAGAUUGGAUUUUAACCCAAGUCACUGCUAUGAGGGUUGUAGCCUCGAUACACGGGGUGCAUAACUUAACCACCAAGAGACGCCUCUAAGGUCAUUUUGGAGAAUGAAAUGAUGCUUUUGGUCCAGGAUCUCAAAUGUGUGUUGUGACUGUAAUUUAAUCCAUGAAUAAUUUUGAUGUGCUUUAGGUUUCUGCUGAACUGUUAGUCUGAAAGAUUUCGUAGGUAUUUCUCACAUCUCUGUUAGGGCUUACAUUUCCACUUGGUUUCUGUCUCACUCCUGCAGGUGGUUUUGCAAUCGUGUUCCUCGUGAAAACAAAUCAAGGGGUGCGCUGCGCCCUGAAGAGGAUGUAUGUCAACAAUGAACAUGAUCUGCAGGUGUGCAAGUGUGAGAUUCAAAUAAUGGUGAGUCGCUGAGAUUUUCUGUUUGUUCUCAAACUGAGUUUGUGUGUUUUUUGGAGGGAAUAAAUACCCCAUGCUGAGACAGUUACACAAUAGUAAGUGUACUUGUAUAUUUUUGAGAAAAAUAAGUGAAACUUAUCAAAUAUAUCUCUGUUCAACAUGGAGAAUACAAUCCAGUCCUCUUUGGGCCUGCAGCAGGGUUGUGUUGAUGGCUGUACUGUAUUUAUUCAACUGGUUCUCAUGUACCCUUUUGUUUUCAUAGUGUCGACUUGCAUGUUUUGCUCUCCCCCUGAGCUUCAUUGUGGAGAAAGUAUGGGGGCUGUUUUUAUGACCAUCAAUCCUAAAAGGACUGUGUAGUCCUUGAUGUGUUAUUUUUUAGCAUCUAUUUCUGGGAAGAAAAAUCAGAAUUUGUCAUCCUAUAAUAAAAGUUGUUUCCCUAAGGUGACAAUGUGUUUGUGUGCUAAAUGCGUCUCAGCUAUAAAUGAAAUCUACAUGAGAAUCACACUGGUUAGGAAGGAAGAAAGUCCCUGUACUGACACAGAGCAUUGCUGAGAUUCAUGUGGUCUAUAAUUGAAAAGACACUAAAUCAAUUCUUUGUAGACAACCACAGGAUAGGAAUCUGUCAUCUGUACUAUUGAUAAAUUCAUCCCUGCAAUUUUUUGGAGCUUGACUCUGUCAUUUAUCAAGUUCACUCACUGAAUUUGUUUGUUUGUGUCUGAAGGAAAACUCAGGAAGGAAGGAAGGAAGGAAGGAAGCAGUAAAAUUUCAAAGUGCAUUAAAAGUGGCUGAUUGUAUCAGCAUGAGGCAGAAUUACAGACCGUACACAUUUUGAAAACCAAGGCUCUGGAUUCCCUUAGAAAUCAAACGUUAAUCUACGUAAUUCUCCUUUAUAUCACACACAACAUGGUGCCUUCUUUAACUCUGGAAAUCUGUUUCAUUCUUUUAGCCUCCAGCUGGUCCUCUACACACAAACACAUUUGAACAUGCAGACAUACACACAGUGCUUAACCUCUGCUGCAGCACUGGACGUUUUUUCAUUACCUAAUAGGUUGCUGAUUUCAGCUCACUAUUGCAGCUCCCUCUGCAGGUGACGGCCUCACAAUGCAUCACAAUACACUGACCAGAUUAAGGGAGGGCACACCAUUAUGCCAUUUGAUCCUCAAAAUACACUGCAGUGAAGUCUCCUGGUGCUGUAUUUUUAUGUGUGUUUAUGUGUCAUGAACUGUUCUUCCUCUUCUACAGGAUAUGGAGUUGCCUUUUGGCUUUAAUGCAAACAGGGUGCUGAGUAAUUUGUUAACACUCUUGAAUGUGUGUUUGUGUUCUUGCAGAAAGACCUCGUUGGUCAUAAGAAUAUAGUGGGCUAUCUGGACUCCAGUAUCACGGCGAUGGGAUCACGGGAUGUAUGGGAGGUUUUUAUUCUAAUGGACUUCUGUAAGGGUGAGUGCUGACAGGGAAAUAUGGUGUACAGUCUCAGCUUUUGGAUUUGUCUUCAUGCUCUUUAACCCUCGGAGCAUCUUGGGGACAAAAAUUGACAUUUUGGGUGUGUUUUUUUUUGUUCUUCUCUCAGUAACCCAGUCAGUUAAAAGGCUAGCUGUAUGAAAUUUUGGCACUAUUUUUUUUUCAUUUUUAUUUCCUUAAUUCUAAAAGCCUGUCUACUGGAAGUGUUUAGAAUAGGAGAUUUGCAUCACACCGACACUUGGUAACCUUGUGGCCAAAUUUGGCCAAUUGACUCCCAUUAUAACCACAUAUUUGUCAUACGCUAUAAUCCUAACAUAUUGUAAUGCUUUUUCUAUUUAUACCUAAUAGAUCUAAGCUUUUAUCUUCAUCGUCAUUCCCUACAUAAUGAGUCCAAACUGUAUAAGUGUUGUAAAAAACUCAGAGAAGUAAGGUUGUGUUCAUGUACCCGUGAGGUUAAUCCCUCCUGAUGGUUUUGCUUUAUUUGCAGGGGGGCAGGUGGUCAACUUGAUGAAUCAGAGGCUGCAGACCGGCUUCACCGAGGCAGAGGUGCUGCAGAUCUUCUGUGACACCUGUGAUGCUGUUUCUCGCCUACACCAGCGCAAGGCACCCAUCAUCCACAGAGACCUUAAGGUGACGCAUUUUGUUACUUUUGUCCACUUUCAUUUUUCUCCUCUGCAAUUUGGAGUUGAAGGACAGGAAGUCUGUUCUAUGUUAACUCAGGGUCGAUCUCUGAAUUCCUUUUGUUGUCAUCUCACAACAAUAUUUGCACUUUUGCCGUGUUUCUGGCGUUGGCAGCUGUAAGGGAUCAGCAGUUUCCCCAAUUCACAACUUCAGCAACUGUGUGCUCUGAUCAAAAUCACAGCUCUUGAUUUGUUGUAUUUCCUUGGAAAACUCUUGUUCAUCUGUUGACUAAAUCUCAGAUUUGCUGUAAACAGUAGAAAGGCGUCACUUUGGCUAACUGAAAUGAAUCCGAAAAAACAAUCUGUUUUUUGCAACUCAAGGUAUUAAGUUUGACAAAACAACAACAUUACGAUGCAGAUCUGUUAAAGUCCCACGCUGAUUUUCUUUUUUUUUACCACUUAAAGUGUUCUCAGUGGUCUUUAAAUCGUGAUUAUGGAGUUUUUAGCCAAAAUCAUGUUACCUGUGUCAUUUUCAAGGGCUUUUCUUCUGCAGAGCUCCAGGAGAUCAUUAGCAAUUCGCCUCUGAGUCGUGGGCGGAAACAGCGCUGCUCUGCGCAUGUCUCUUCAAGUUAGCUUGUAGCCUAACAUUGCCAGUGUAGUAAAAGUAGCAGGUAACAUAGAAGCUAUUCAGCUAUUCAGACACUAAUGUCUUUGGAGGCAAUAUCACAAUUAAGACACGCUUGUACCGUUAUUGUCCUCUCUACUUAUCCGAGUGUGGCCUGCAUAGCGGGGCUCAGGGGGCGGAGCUUGGAUUUGCUAUGUAGGAAAUCUCACUGUGUCUGAACCCGCUGUUUGGGUCUGCCAGAGAUUCACAGCGAUUUGAAGGCAGAAAUACUCAGGAAUGCAAUUUCACAUUUAGCUUUCUCAUGAUAUGUCCUGUAGCAUCAGAAAAAUGCCAUAUGAACAUGUAGACAACAAGAAAAACAUGAUUUUCAUCGGAGUGGGUCAUUCCUCAUGAUGAGAGAACAACUUUUAUCUUUCUUGUUUGUUGAUUGGAUGUUGACUCCGCCUUUUUUAUGCAGUAAGUUAGGAAACUUGUAUACCGAUGAGCUAUUGUAACACAGUAUUGUGCAAAUAUGUUGCUUACAUUGAAAUGAGUGAUUUAGAAAGGAUUGUCAGAAAACCCUUUAAGUUCUCUGUUUAGAUAAAUCUGCCGAUUAGAGAGGAGGCUUGGAGGAGGGAGUAUGUUGUUAUAACAGAGUGCAUAUUACCUGGAGGGGAGAGGAGAUGUCACUUAUUCUGCAGUGUUGGUUUCUUUGUUGACAGAUGCUUUUUCGAAUGUAAGAGAGCUUAAAGCCUUGAACUUAAAUCUACAUGUUGAAAUGCUUAUCUGUACAGAAGCACAAGCUAUGUACCCACACAUUUAGUAAAUUUAGACCAUGAUAACAUGUUUAUUUCAGUCCUUUUCUCAAGAUCUAGAUUGAUUUAGCUCACUGUCUGAGGACAAUAAGGCUGUUUUUCCUCUCCUGACACAUUAUUGUGUUACUAGACUUUAUCACAUCAUGUCAAGAGAACAGAGCUGGUUUUCGUGAUGUGAAGUGAAGAUUUUAAAGAGAGCAAAAUCUGAUAAACAAGUCACCAGUCCCCAUGUUGCAAGAGAAAAGGAUUGCACUGCAGCAGGUCUGCAUGUUGGUGACUGCUCGUGUUUCAUGUCCUGUGUGUCUUCAGGUGGAGAACAUCCUCCUGCAUGACAAGGGUCAUUAUGUUCUGUGCGACUUUGGCAGCGCCACCAAUAAGUUCCAGAGCCCGCAGACUGAAGGAGUGGCCGCUGUGGAGGAGGAGAUCAAAAAGUUUGUGCCUCCUUUCAUGUGCUUUGGCAGUAUUCACAGCUUUCAGUUAUGAGCACCCCUUUUGUUAGACUGUACAGAAAUCGACAGCACAGUUUUUCAUCCACGAGCCACUUUGAUGUUGUUUUUGUUUGGUUAUUUUUAUUUGGCUGAUUGAAUUUUCUCGUCUCAUCCGUAUUUGUGCUGUAAGUGUCUGCAGAUCAAUCAAUAUUUCAUUAUGUGAGCAGAAAGGGGUUUUCUUUUUUAUGUAGAAGAGGAUUUUAAUGGACAAACCCUCAUUAUCAGCACAGAACAACUUGUAGGCUGUUUAAUUUCUGUGCUGCGUUAAAAUCAGGUGAUCUUCUAAUUUUAACUGUUCUCGUCCUAAUACUUUCCUCCUCUUCUCUCUCAGGUACACCACUUUAUCAUAUCGUGCCCCUGAGAUGGUGAACCUUUACAACAACAUGAUUAUCACAACAAAAGCAGAUAUCUGGGUGAGUGAAGAUGACACUUACAGUAGAAGUAUUUAUCUGGUACAUUUGAUGAAAUGUAAACUAAUAUGUGUUUGUUUUUUUAACCGGGCUUACUGUCAUUGAUUGAUCCUCUCUUCCCCUCCUCUUCCUCCUCCCUCUCUUGUUUUGUUUCUAUGUGGUGUGACGGGACGUGCAUGUCAUGUUUUUCUCCAGGCGUUGGGCUGUUUGCUGUACAAGUUGUGCUUCUUCACUCUGCCCUUUGGUGAAAGCCAGGUGGCCAUCUGUGAUGGCAGUUUCACAAUUCCUGACAACUCCCGCUACUCUUACGAUCUACACUGCCUCAUUCGUCAGUCACUCUGAAUUUUCUCUAUCCUUACAACACACAAUUUAGUUUUCACUUGCCAUCGAAGCCUGUCUUCAUUUCAGGAGACCCUCUCUCAUUUCUUCAUUGUGGUCCCGCAGGGUACAUGCUGGAGCCAGAUCCUGACAAAAGACCAGAUAUCUACCAGGUGUCCUACUUUGCUUUUAAACUAGCUCAGCGGACCUGCCCUGUCCAGAAUGUGAAGGUCAGUCUCUCUCAGCACAGGCGUCAGCUGAAAUAUUUGGAUUCUGCUUAGCUUUCUCUCAUCAGGGAUUGAUUUUCAUGUCGUAUUCGGUAGAAUCUGCUCUGAAUUUUCUGCCUGACCCACCAGUUGUCCCACAGUGGGAGGUGCUCCACUGCAUCAGAUACAAACAGCAGAAACACUGAUGAUGCUACAGAGUUUCACUGUCAAAUUGCAAAGAAUCAUGAUAUUUAAUGUCCACUUUGUUUGAGUUCUGUCUUUGCGUUUCUUUUCCAUAAUGCAGAAUUCUCCGAUUCCUACUAAACUUCCCGAGCCAAUCAAAGCGAGCGAGGCUGCUGCAGCAAAGAAGAGCCAGAAUAAGCCCAGGCAAGCAUGACCUGCUUACACUAUAUUACUGUUAAAGCUGUAGUAACACCACAUUUAGUGGAAAUCAUCAGAUAGACUGACACUCAUUAAAUAAUUAUGUUGACACGACUUACAACGAUGAACAAGAAGGCCAACGCCUCACCUCUGUUACAGACUGACGGAUCCAAUCCCCACCACUGAAACCUCCAUCACCCCUCGCCAGAGGCCCAAAGCAGCCCAUACUCAGCCCGCGGCUGGCAUCCUACCCAUCCAGCCUGCUGCUCUCACCCCGCGCAAGCGAGCUAAUCUCCCUGGUGGUGCUGCUCAGCCUGUGGGUGAGUGCAGCGCUUCGUCCUUACUCUACUAUCUGACACAGUGAAAAGAAAGUGAUGUGCAGAAAGUCAGGAAUCUCUAAUCCUUUCAGCACACUGUGAAUACUGCAAUUCUCUAAAUGAACUGAUCGGGGAUGAAGGUUAAGACACAUGCAAAUUUAAGCAAUCUAACCACCAGCUAACGUGAUUAUGUAAUGAUUCCAUCCACAUCUCAGCUUUUGUACCUGUUACAGCACUUUGAAGUCUUUUUUUUGGCAUUUAAAGAUCAUUCCACCUUCCUGUAUAGAUGUUUAAGAUGCAAAUUUUUGUAAGUGAACAGCUAAGCCUUUUUUGUGAUAUUUACCAGGCUUUUGAUCUGUAUAAUCAUUAAGAUUCACAUUUUUCCAUGCUGUUGAGUAAUAUGCAGUCUGCGCUCUUUGUAACCUCCCACAGGAGUCAGCUUAGACCUCUCUCAGCCAGCUGCAGCUCUGCAGUCACAGAAGGCUCAGGCUUCGGCUCUGCCUCUCAUCCAGUCUCAAAGCAAUUCAAGUCAGGCUGUAGCCCAGCAGAAGCAGGUACACACUGACAAAUUAUACACAACAAAAAAACAGGAGCUUUGCUAAGAUUCAAGGAAGUGCAAACCCUAGAUUGUAUGUAAUCUGUUUAUUGCUCAUAAACAUCCAUGAUUAGGAAAAAAUCUGUGAAAUUGACAGUUAUUAGAUGCAACAGUUUUGCAUUUUGCGAGGUGAACAUGCGCUUCCAGUUUAAAGCAUUUGCAUUCAGCUGCAUUUCGAAGGGACUUGGACGAAGUACCAGGGUCUUUAAUUCACUUCUCAGAAGGAGUCCUGUAAUACUCAGAAGCCUCAUUUCUUAAUGUUCGCAGGUUUUAAGACUUAAAUGGUGCAGUUUUGAUGGAAACACGAGUUUUGUUUCUCCCCUCUGCCUUCUUUAAACUUGAAUCGACACUUCUUUGUGGAAAUGUUCUCCUAUUCUCAGAGAAAUUAUGGGCGGCUUAUGAAUAAAUUGACUGAAACAGAAACAACAGUUACUUGUAGCAGUUGUUUAUGAUGGUUUGCAAAUAUGAUUUUUGUGUUUAACAUAUUCCGUUGUAUGUAUUUGUUUGAAAGUCAGUGCAGCCAAUCGCAGCUCCAGCAACAGAGACAACAGCAGCAGCAGCAGCAGCAGCAGUCGUGUCACCCAUGAUCAAAGCAGACGUCCAACCACAAGCACAGCCCACAGUUCAGCAGCAAACCACACCUUCGUCUGUGGUCGGUACAACCCCGCAGCAGGCUGAUCAGACUCCAUCCAGCCCCGCCCCACCUCAGCGUCCAGCUCGGCGUAAGCAGGCAGGCCAGGCCCCGCAGUCUGCAGCUCAGGCUUCACCCAGCAAAACGGCCCCGAGUCAGCCGCAGGUAUCUCAGCAGAUAACUCAGCCUCCUGCAGCCCAGGCGCCGCCCGCCUGUACUGAGAUCAGCCAAAAAGCAGCCGAGACGGUAUGUGGCUCUCCAGUCUUCAUCAGGUUUUCUUCAUCACUAGUCAGAUCAGAUGACUUUUCUUUUAUUCUGUCCGUCCAGUAUCUUUACAGUUACAUGACCCAGAAUUCAUCCAAUGACUUUCUCAUUAUGAGUUAUUAUAUUUUAGACAAAAGAAUCGUGAUGAUGUGUGUCAUGGACUAAAUCCAACGAUCAUUACACUUUUUUUUCCAUCCAGUGUAGCUUUUAUUGAUUCAUCUCUCUAUUUCUGCAUGUUUGUUUCAUCAGACUCCACCUGCUUCUCCAAAGACAACUGAAGAACGAGGUCAUCAACGCACACCGAGCGACGCCACGCUGAGCAGCGUCACUGUUGACGCCACUCAGCAGCUGCAGGGAGCUAAUGGAGACGCUGUUCUGAUUCAGUAAGACGUAUAGGUGUAUUCAAAGUAACCUGAAGGGGAUUCACUUUUCUUCUUUGUAUUUAUAUUUUAUGUCGUUUUUCCUUCCAGAUCGAUCACAUCUCAACCAAACGCCACUCAGCCCUCCGUUGGUGAUGCAGCCCAGGACCAGAGCAAAGCUGGAUCCACAAACACCCCCACACAACCUGCGUGGAACCCGUUUGAUGACGACAGCUUCUCCAGCCUUGCUGGCGAGGAAGUUCAGGCUGAAGAAGCAAAGCCUGCUGGUAAAUAAUUUGUCGUGUGUCUUUUUAAUGUUUUUCAUAGAUGACUAAAUGCUAAAAACACAAUUCCUCUUUUGCAGAAAUACCUUCAGAAGCUGAGCCUGCGGCCUCUGAGGAGCUGAUCCCAGGUCUACAGACCUCAGCUGUAGAUGAUACUCUUCAAGACAGUGGUAUUUCACAUUUUUCUCUUUAUAUCAGACAAAAUUUAGAUUCAUGUUCCACAUUUUAAGUUUUGGCUGUUUAAAAGUUCACGUCAUGUAUCUUUUAAAUUUACGCAUGUAAAUGUCUUCUUGAAAUAUUUGAACAAACAUAUUUUUUCCUGUGGAAUAGUCUCAUUUUUUGUUGUAAUUCAUCGGUUUAUUUUUAGCCUUUUUUAUAGAUGUUAGUUAAGUAUAUUUUACAUAAUUUUAAAGGUGUUUUAUAAAUCUCUGACAGAGAUUUACAAAUAUCUUGAUGGUUUUCUCCCCUUUAAAACGCCACUGAUGUGUCUGACUUUUAAUAAAUAAUGUAAUAUGAUAGUAAUUGGAGGGCUAAACCUCUUAAAGCGCCUGAUCCAUCAGUCUGGUAGUUUUCAGAAGCUCCUAAAAGCAGAUGCUGCUUAUCUGCAUCAAUCACAUCAAUAAAAGAAAGAGUUUUUAAAUUAAGUAUUUAAACACUGCUUUUGUUUUCCAGCUGAAAAAACAUCAGCCGCCUUUGAUGCAGAUUCUGGACUCUUGGUUGUGCCGGGUGCUUUCCGUACCCUUGAACUGUCAGAUACACCAGGUAAGCCCCCCAGUCCCUCUCCCUCUGUAGACUUAAAUGCACCUCUGAAUGGUUCUAAUGUUUGCUCAGUAACAUUAGAAAGACAUGGAAAUCACUAACAGUAUGAAUGGUAAUCCUUCAUCAGCAGACAGACUUACUCUCCUCUGAGCUUGUAUUGGAAAGUUCUAAAAAAUGGUGAAAUGAGACUCCAAAUAACGUUGACCAAAGUUUACUGACCGUUUCAGUUUUUAAAAGAUACAAACAUGGUGGAAAAAUAGCAAUACAAACAAGGGGUAGCUUGGUUUCACUGCGUUACGUGCAUUUUUUUUUCUCUGUCUCGUACACACAGCGCGUUAGCUCAUAGCAUGUUGCUAGCGGCUUCUCCGUAUUUUUUCUAUCGACGAAACACAGACUGACUAGACCUUCCUAGUUACUCCUUCAAAAUAAAAGCAGCGUAUAGUCUUUCCAAAAUAAACUCAAAUAGUGCAUAUCAAUACUGAAACAUGCAGUAAACAAUUAUGUUUCUCAAUAUGUUUUUAACUCUAAACAGUGCAAUCUUCUUUUAACUAUUUAAUACUUAUUUAAAGUACUUCCUUUUAAUGAACAUAAAUCACAACAUGCAACAAACCACAACAGAGCUCAUCCCAUCAGGGUCCUGAGGAUUAUCAAUCUUUUCCUUUUCUGUUUAAGAAACAUGUUCUCUCCAUAAAUUCUCCUGAGGCUGAUGCUGUUAUUUUUUUGCUUUGCUCUCACGUGUUUCUUCUUGUCUCUAAUUCUUCACCGGCCUUCAGAGAAGCUGAUUGAAGGACUCAAAUCUCCUGAACCAUCUUCACUCAUGCUUCCAGACCUCCUGUCAUUGUCUGAUCCCUUUGGUGGAUCUGUGGAGGAGUCUGCAAAAGGUGUGUGAGAGCACCACGCAGUAACAGUCAUCAUGAAUGAAUUCACUCUUUAUGAAAUUUCAAUCAACUUAAUGUUGAUAUAGAAACGAGGUCUGCUCUCUUGCUUUCAUCUUGCAGUUUUAAAGAUUACUGAAUGUUUUUUUUAUUCUUCCAUGAAGCUUUGGCCACAUUCAGACCUUUGAUAUUUAGUUUUCCAGAGUGAAUACAUCUCUUAUUUCAGCUUUUUUUUUUUACUCAUGUGAGCAUACUUGUCCUCAGUCUAAAAUGUUGAGCUGAAUUUUUUCCCUGCUCCUUUUUAAAUGUGAUUCUGCGGAUGUUUCUCAGACUCUCUGACUGCAGACGACUCUCUUCUUGGCUGCUCUUUGAUCUCUGGUCCAUCCGCCCCUCCGGCAGCGGGCAGCGCCACCUCCUCUGUGUCCUCUGCUCCCACCUCUGCCACCUCGGCUUUAGAUGAUUUCAGCCUGUUGUCUGGAGACUCUGGACAGCCCAAAGCAGGUAAGUCCACAACAUACAAACAUACACUCUGAUACUGGAGCGCAAUACUUUUAAAUUACUGGCAGAGGUUUGACAAAAACAUACCAGUUACAACUGCAGCAAAAAGAUUUCCCUCCAAUUAUUCUUUAAUUAGAUAUUGAUGUUCCUGUAAGGCUGUUUUACUCUCAAAAAUUAAAUCUUAUUUGAGCUCCAUUAAAGCAACAUUAUGUAAUUAAAGUGUCAUUGUGAAUGAAGUGGGCAUGUUUUCUGCUUCGGUGCUUGACUCUUUAGGAUUAAGAAUUCAUUUUUUCAUUUCAGAGAAAAACUCAGUGCUAAUUUUAAUCUUUUUGAUCAUCUCACAUGUGCGCGGUUAUUCAGAUAUUCGUGUAAAUGGGGCUGUCCUUACUAUCCGUUAAGUAAAUGAUAUUCAUUUAUUCUAUCAAAAAAAAAAGAAAAGUGGGGAAAAAAAGAAAAAGUGAAAAAAAAAGCCUCUUUUUUUUAUUACGUUUUGACUGUCAUAAAAGUGUGCAUUAAACAAGCUAAAAUGUGUGGAUCAUUUGCGUGCGACUCUUUCUGCCUGGCUCGCUGCUCUGGGCUCGCAGCACUGGCCUGCAUCGUGGGUUAACUUCCUCAGAGUGAAUCAACACAUGUGAUCAGCCAGAGCUGCUUGGCUUAAUUGAUUUGAUCUUUCACGUACUUUGUCAUUCUCCAGCGCUAAAAUAAGAUUCUGUAACAUAUUUUAAUAUUAUAAGCAUGGCUUUCAUGUACUCGUAAUAUUUAUUUCAGAUGAUAUCUGGCCAUAUAGAUCGACAUGUGCUCAAUUUGGGCUUUUUUCUGAGAGUUCAUUCAUUUUCGUGUAUUCGAAUAUUCGGUUUCGUUUAAACGUCAGUGAAAUUAACCGCUGGGAACAUCCCUAAUCUCAAUCAAUCUCCAUCUCCUCUCAAACAUUGUUUUGAUUUUGAUCGAUCCAUACACAAACCAGCUUUUAAAGAGAUCAGUCUACAUUGGGAUAAAAGCCCAUACUCAGUAUGUAGGCCUGAGGAUAGACUCAAAUUCAAUCAAAUUUUAUUUAUAUAGCGCCAAUUCACAACAGUCGUCAUCCCAAGACGCUUUCCAAAGAAAAAGAGCAGGUCUAGACCACGCUUAUUGUUUGAUGAAUUAUCAAGACCCAACCUUAAGAUGGGACAGAUUUGGCGCAUUUCAUCUAACAUGAGCGACAGUGGCAAGAAAAAACUUCUGAUUAACAGGCAGAAACCUUGGAAAGGACCAGACUCAUGUUUGACAGCCACCUCACAGCUGCUGCUUGGUCGAGGAGAAAUACAGAGAGAUAGGGAGGGAGGGAGACAGGAGUAGGAGAGAGGGCAGGGGGAGAGGAAGAGAACAAGGGAGAGGAAGGAGAGAGAAAACUUCUCAUGUUGACUAGAGUCGAUGCUCCCUCCUUGUCACCUUCAAUUUUUAUCCUCUUAUCUCUAAAGCAAGAGUUAAUUUUUAGCAAAGUUAGAAGAAAUAUCUGUGUGCUUCUAUUGGAAUCUGAAAACAGUACGGGGUGUUUUUAGCGCAGAGCUCCACAGCUGUGGUUCGUUUUUUCUUUCUUGGCUUAAAACCAUUUGACUGCAGUCGACAGCUCCAUCUCUGAAUCACUGCCUGCGUGUGAGCCAGCUGCAUGAUCCUAAUGAUCACUGAUCUGUCCUCAUAAUAAUUGAUCAAAUAUGCUUUGUACUGCUGGAGAGCUUCUGAAGAGUUUUUGCACUAAUUGCUGGUUUUAAAAACUUUUUUUUUUUUUUUUUACCAGAUUUGGUGGAAGAAGUUUCUCCCCCCUCUAAUUGGCCUUACUGCUUUUUGAGUAUUUUUGCAUCACUGCCUUGAAUACUUUCUUACUUUCACACCCACAUCCACUCUCCUUUCAUCCUCUGCAGACUCGUCUCUUCUGAUCUCAGACUUCGAGCCGCAGCAGGCGGGUACAGAGGCCGCUGAGGAUGAGGAUGAGUUCGAUCCCAUUCCCGUCACGGGCCGCAAGAACUCACAAGGUAAGUUUCAGCAUUCCUAUGGAAGCUCAGGUGGGUCAAGUGGGAUUUAAAGCACAAGCUCUUCAUUUGUUUCCCCUCAGUUGCAUGCUGGUUUUUAAAGAAGUGCACAGUUGAUGGUUAUUUGUUAAAACACCGUUAAAUGACUCAAGGUAAACGGGUAAAUUCUGCCCUCUCUCUCUCUCUCUCUCUCUCUCUCUCUCUCUCUCUCUCUCUCUCUCUCUUUCUCUCUUUCUCUCUCCCACCCUUAACUGCUUGUUGUGACCCCUUGCUCCUCUCCUUUUCCUCCUCUCUGUUUGCCUGUUCUCAACCCCCCUCGCUCCCCCCCUCUGUCUCUCCGGCCAGUUUCAGGAGGCCACUCGCGCAGUAACAGUGGCGGCUCUGAAUCCAGCCUGCCCAGCUUGGCUCGCUCCCUGAUGCUGGUGGACCAGCUCAUCGACUUGUAGACGCCCACGCAGCCCCCCAGCCUCCCCCGCCCCCCUCACCUACCCCAUAGAAGCUGUAACACUGGAUUAUAGACUGGCAUAGCAUAACAGCAAUCAACACUGUUGUCAUAGCUAGCUUCCUGUGCCCUCCCAGCUGUCACCUCCAUUCUAGUCGCUCCUGUAGAAACAGCCUUUGCCUCUCAGCGCUUCUUCAUCCCCCGCCCUCUCUGCCGCCAUUAACAGCUGCAUUAACUUCUCCUCGCCUCUCAUCUCUCAUCCUCUCACUCACAUUUUCUCUUUGUUGUUCUCUACAUAUCACGUAUCGUCCAUGGGUUCAAAACGUGGCCAGUAGACUAACAUCAUCCUUUCUGAACAUUACAUCUCUCUGUCAAUCAGGAUAUGAUAUAGCUAUCCCGUUUGUUUCAACAAUAUUGCAUUGCGUCUAAUAGCAAACAAUAGAAGAUCAUUGUUGUAAUGUUCAAUAGACAUAGUUAUAAGUGGUUGUAGUUAUUAUGGUGCACAAGUGAAUUUGUCGUUGUUUGCCUUUUUAAAUUCUCCUCCCUAGAUUUAUUUGCACAUAUUAGAGUCAAACCAUGAAAGACGAAACGACCAUUUCUUUAAAUAACGUCCGUUUAUUUCUUCUGUAAAAGGGAAACAUAGUCAUGUAGCCUAAUUUGCACAGUAGCAUUAAUGUUACCUCUGUCGGGGCUGUUAGAUGGAAUAUCUGAAGCUGCUAUAGAUACUACUGAGAGAUUACAUCAGAUUAAGUGUAACAGUGAUAGGAAACAAAACAGCCAUAAUUAUACGUCCCCCAAAAUCACAACACUAACCUUUCGUGAGCAAGACACUAAGGGUCGAAACCUAAUGCACAUGAUGCAGCGUAAGAAUCUGUGCUAGUUAACAGCUGACGCAGUUUUCACACACUUAUUAAGUAGCAGAUGUGUUUGCAGCCAUCUGUGCACCCGUGAUGCUCGCCUCAAAUGAAGGUGAGGUCAGGCGCAUUCGUGGCACAUUGCAGGAAAGAACUGAAGCAAACAAAAAAUCGGUCUUAAAGCUACUGCAAAUUAACAAACGUUUACGACGCACUUGCUUUCUGUCAGAUUCUGCCCUAUGGAUAGCAAUAGCUUUGGCUAUUGCAGGUAAUGGGUGAUGACAACCCCAUUCCCUUUUUGAUGCAUUCAUGUUUGACUGCCGGUUUAGCUCAGCAGUCAAAGCGACCCAUGCACGCGGCGAUGCUCUUCUGCUGUCUCGCACCAAAUUAAUGCUGGCAACCUAAUUCACCUAACUCAGAUAUUGAAAUAGUCACCUGUUGGACAAACAUGAAUGAAAAACUUUCAGCAGUUUGGGAGUAUUACACAAAAACAUCAGUAUCAGUCAGCUAUCAGCUUAGUCUUAAUCGAGACAUCUGCAUUAGUACUACCCCUGAUUUUAACAAUCUGUGCAACUGUAGCCCAGGGACAUAACUUAAAAGAAAAUAACAUCUGUGUUCGCCCUGAACGACAGCUAUAAUUAACACACAUGUCCUUAAUGCACUUGCACUGUGUGUCUUUUGUUUUUGACCAUACUCUAUUAAACUAGCAAAAUAGAUCAAUCUGUUCGAAUAGGGCCCUGAGAAGUUUUUAACAAUUAGUCUGAGCAGAUCUAUAGUAGUACGAGACACGAACUGCAGAUGAGUGGAGCUCUGCGACAACAAAACAAGUUAUUCAAACAAAAGCCUGCUCUCAUUUGACAUUCCUGUAAGCAAUAGUUAGUGAUGGAAGUAAACGAUGGAGUUAUAGGAGUCAUCACAGACGGAUAAGAGUGUGCCAUAUCGCUAGAGAAACGCAUGAGAAUAAUUUCAAUAAUCCGCAGUCAUAGGAAAGAGUAGAAAUACAGUAGCUCUUACAUAGACACCAUUAGAGACAAACAGAAGCAGUAUGAUCAAAUGAUUUUCACUCACUUUAAUUUUUCUCUUAUAUCACCACAAGCAUUCAUUUCACAUUGUGCAAUCCUCCCUACAUUCCUGUCUUUUGUUUACUCCUUAUUUAUGUAAAUAAAUCUCUGCGACCCCUGCAGGGUCUUAUCCAGACCAUAGAACUGGUUAUUCCUCCCCUGUAUAUAUGAAGUCAUUGUCAUAAAGCUUUACUUGUGGAAAACAUAUUGCUUUACUUGUGAAAUCUCGUAUAUAUAUCUUUAUAUAUGUAUGUUAUCUGUAUAUAGAUAUAUAUAUGACUUAAAAAUGACAUGGUUUUCCUGUUAAUAAAUGUUAAUAUGAAUAGAGUGUUAGAGAAUGAAUGUAAGAAAUAAAUAUUAGUCUAUAAUAAAAAAAAUAUCUAUGAUUCUUAACACCAUAAUCACUGAAUAAUAUUGAAGAAUAUAUACAUAUUUCAUUCCUCUUUGUGGAGUUGUGUGUUGAGAAAGUUUCUUUUCUUGGUUAUAUCUGCUAUAUUAUUGUCAGUACAUUACAAUGUAUAGAUGAUAACCCUGGUCUUUGUUCAACCUGGAUAAUAGGCCUGAUCCCGUGUCUUAUCCCCCUCCUCUGUGAACAGAAAAGUGAGCCUGUGUUUUGUUUGUUGAAGGAUUAUAUUUUUAUUCCAAAAUGUUAUUUCCUUUGUUCAUUUCGAAAAAGGAGGCUCUUAAUCUGAAGAACAGCAGUCCCGUUUUGUUUCAUUGCUGAACAGGAAGUUUAUUUCUGAGACUUGUGCUUUGUAAAGCUUUGUUUUUUUACUUUACCGGUUGGUUUUCGUGAUCACAGAGUUCAUAUCAAAAAGCAUGGCAGUGUUGUUGAAUGUUAUGUUCAUGUGUGUUGGUAUACAGUGUUAAGAUAAGUAUGUGUGAGUGUGCGUGGAGUCAGAAUUGUUGGAUGUGUUUUUCCGGUAGCCUAUUUGUGUUGUUGUUUGCUGCAAAACAUGGCGACGGUCAUGAACACGUUGUCAUUAAAAUCUCUUCUGAAAGCACAGCCCCCCUCUCCCCCUCUCUAAAUUCUCUCAGGAAGCCAGAGCUACAUCACUCUCUGAGAUACAUAUUGGCUUACUGCUCCCCGGUCUCUGUCUGCUGGAAGUCUGCACUCCAUAUUACAGUGUAGAGAAAUAGUCUGAUAGGCGGUGUGUGUGAGGGGCUCUGUAACGUGUGAGAGGGUUAAAGAUACAACACUGCUGCUGCAGCAUCCAAUCAGCUCGUCAGGGUUUGAAAAAUCAGCUCCAAUCAGCAAUAUAAACGUUUCUGUAGGAUCAAACAAAGAGCAUUUUCUCCCCACACAUCACCACUGUGGGUUCGACUACUUCCACAUCCCGCUUUUGUUAUGACAUGUUAUCAGUAACCUUUAUGGUGAUGUUUGUUUUAUCAGGAGAUCCUCAUAGAAUAUGAUGGACAUCCUAAGAAUUUUAAUGAGACACAGAAGUCACAUUAAGAUCCUAUACAAAAAAAAACAUAAAGCACACAAAUGUGGGUUCACACAAAGUGGUUAAAUAUUAAGUGACUGCAGAAAAUAUGGAUGGCACAUCUUCGUCUUCUCCCAUUGUUAAAAGUGAAGCCAAAAUGCAGCAUAAUGAGUGCUGAUGUAUUGAACAUAUUCUGGAUUCAGAGCAAAAGUGAUCUGGCUUUUGGAGAUCUGGGGUUGACGUCAUUCUCUAGUCACUAAUCAAAACACACAGUUUAUUGAUGGAUAUAACGUCCCUCGGAUUGCUACAGUGUUUGCUACGUUGUCUGCAACCUGUUCAGGCAAACGCCGCACGUUGGCCCCCUCUGUGACAUUUAAUUGGGACAGAUGGUCCUGACUGUCCAGUGUUUCUGAAGUGAUGAGUUAAAGUGUCAGAUUUUACUGACUAUUCCUGCUUUUAAUAGAUAUGGACAUUAUGAAGAUCAAGAAAACUAAGCAUGAUCUGAAUGUUUUGAACAAAAUGACCCCCAUUAAGUUCUGCUGUGAUUGGUACUGCACAUAUGCAGAGAUUUGAAUAAAAUAAGGUGGGUCCUGCACGCUGUAUGUGCUCUGGGUUCAUGUUCACUUAUAAGGAAAACUUGGAGGUUGUAUGGGGGGUAGGUUUGGCCCCAAAGACGACCAAAUUUACUCCUACUGCUAAGAGUCUUGGCUUUACUUUUGGAGACCUGUCAUGCUGUCUGUUUUUUCUACAGUCUACAGAAAUAUUAUACUGUUUAGUAACUUUUUAAAAGCAGCUGGGAAAUAAAUCUUUCAAGCCCCAAAAGACAAUAGGAUCUCUAAAAAUUGUGUCUUUAAAUCCUUAUUCUGAUUUUGUCAUAAGAUGUUCUGGAAAUGUCAAAACUUGGGUUUUAAACUUACCUCCAAAAUUAAAAGUAUUUUGUGUAGGAUCUACAACAGUUUAACUCUUGAGUUAACUUUCUGAAAACCAAGUGGCUGAUUUCACAGUGACACUCUUUUAGGUGUACGGACACGUGAAAUUGAAGGUUUAUGUUUCUUCUCCGAGCAUCCUCUUUACGAUCCUUUCGUCAAACGACUCCAUCCUUCGCAGUCAUUGUUUGAACCUAUGCAACUCCCGAGCUUUCUCCCUGUAGCCGCCAAUGUGCUGUUGUGAUCGGUGAAGCCAAGCACCUCGUGAGAUCAGUCCUCGAUGUGAAACAGAUGCCCCUCAUUUCCUCUGUUGUUUUACCAAAAAUGAAAGUUGUCGAUUAUCUGAAACUAGUGAUUGUUUUUUGAGACACCUCUUUGUCUUUAUGGCCCAAACCUGCGUCAGAGCUGUGGUAUCGUGUGCUCCUUCUAUUUUUGUGAGAUAAUUAAAGAUUAUAAAGGGAUGGCAAAUAAAAUACAAAUGUGAAUGUCAACGUGUCGAGUAUUCAUUCUAAGAUAGCCUGGCCUUAGUAAAAAACUGUAUACGAUACUUUUUUAACGUUUUUGGAUCAUAAUAUUCACAAAGCUUUCAAGUAAAAGAGAUUAUUUCAUUCACCCUACUGUUUUAUGUUACACUGUCUAAAAGUUGUAAGAAAUAAUAUUUUUAAAGAGAAAUCUGAGUAUUAACCUGCUGCAGCUUCUUUUAGUCAUAUUUCUGCAUGGAGGCCUUUUCAUGAGAGCGUGAGAUCAGAUAAUCGAUCUGUCACAUUCAGACGUCUAAUGCACUAAUCCAGUUCUUAUUCUGAUCAGAGCAGGUUAACCUUCUCAGGUAAGACUAAUCAUUUACAUGCCCCAUUAAAUGUCAAUUUUUCUUUUCCUCCUUUAUUAUAUUUCAUUUAUUUUGACUCUAUUGAUGAGGAUGUCGCACGAAUUUAAUAUCAGCCAAAUUAAACUGACAGGACUGGAUAUGAAUCUUGUGUCAGGAUAUUACAAAACAUCAAUAAAGACUUCCUAGAUUUUAAUGAGUAAAAUGUCCAAGCGAAGUCUCUUAAAAAUACAGAAGUUUCACCUUUUUUAAGAGAUUUAUCAGGAGAAUCAGGAAGUCAUUAUUUUUGGUUUGUAAUAUCUUGAUUCAUAUCUGGACUGAAGCCAAACCUGACAAGACGGUUACAGCCGUGAAAAUGUGAGUUUUUGCAGUGUGAACAAACAUCUUUGGUGAUUUAAUUAAGUGAGGUUGUCUUGGUAAACACCAAAAAACACCUUUAAUUUUCUCACAGUGAGGAAAAACAGAUUUUACACAAAAACAAACCAUGAAGGGAAAAUGGAGUCCUGGAGUCCAAAACUUAUUGUUACGGCACAAAAGAUGUUCCUCAUUUUCUGUCUUUUUGUGGCAUUUUGUCAUAAAUUCAUGCAUGAAACAUUUAAUUAUAUAGUAUUACUGUUUUCCUUUAAGUGAUUUACAAGACAUUCAGAGGUUUUCUUAUCAUCUCCACACAGACCUGCAGAGGGAGCUCAGCUGCCACGCUCAGCGAGCUGCUGGGUCUGAAGCAUCUGCACAUUUCAGCGAGGAGGCCGAGAGGCAGAGGAUCCAGCAGAGGACUGCUCCACGUGUCGUAAAUAAACACAUGCUGCUGACAGAUGAAAGGAGUCCAAAAUACCACACGCUACCAGCUACUUCCAGCAACCAGCAUUUCAUACCUGUUAACCAAGUGUCUGAGUUUAGCCCAGUCACCUCUGAUGUCUUCCAGCUGGCCCCUUUUAAAAAAGACAGCAAGAUGGCAUUCAGCAGCUCCUCUUUUUCUUCAUCCCAUAAACCUGCUGAGACAUCUGAUGUUUUCCUCCAGGCGCCAUUUGGAAAGAGGCAGGAAACCACCAAAGCUGUUUCUAGUCACAUGUUUAAGUCUGGAUCACAGCAGAUCAGACCCAUCAAACACUGUCAGCUGGUCCAAGCAUCACUCGCUCCUGCUGCUCCUCACUCUCUGGGUGCGCGGCCUUCUCCUCCUCUUCCUCCUCCUCCUCCCCCUCUGCACCCCGAGGCCCCUCUUCUGCAGCAGCCUGUGGCCGUGCACAGGGUAGUCUCCAGGAUUGGUCAGCAGGCUGCCGUCGGUUCAGUGGCUGUGGGGCCUCUACACGCCUGGACUAUCGGGGGGAGAGGUCUGGAUGACCCGUUUACCGCCGCACCUUUUCAACCCAGGUGCUCUCAGGGGAAACCUUGAUAGUAGAAUGAUUAUUCAAAUAUGCCAAGUCAAAGAUUUUCUUUAGCUUAGAAGGAGCCGGAGUGCAGUUCACUUUCAGUUUCACCCAAAUUUUUAGUUUUGCUCCUUCCAUCGUGUCUGCAGUUUUAGAAUGAGUCAGUAAUCAUUGUAGCGAUGAUAAACUCUACCUCAGUCAUAUGAUCUGCUUAUAGUCCGCACCAACGGCGGAUCAGUUCAGCCCUACAUAAACAUUUCAUACUUGACUUCAUACAAACUUAGCAGAAAUCGGUUUCAUCACAGGUCCAAAGAAUCGCUGUGGUAGAUGAAUAUUUAUCAGAAAGCAUCGAUAUCCUCAACAAGGCUCUCUUUGUCUUUGUGCUGUUAGCAUGCUGAUUAACUUGGCAGUGAUUGAAAGUUUCUCAUGUUGGACAUAGUUCUAACAGUUUAUCAUUGUGUUUACGAUUGGAUUACAGAUUGUGCCUUAAACAAAGCAAACAAGUCUCUGGGCCGGUCAGUAUUCAGGAUCUGUGCUGCAAAAGAGCGCCAACAUUUAGCUGAAAGCCAAAGAAGUCUUUGGAAACUGAAAGUAACAGCGCAGAGAUUUUCGUUACACAAACACACAGUUAUUUACUUCAAACGGUGAUAUAUGUCUGAAGACGAGUUACACAAACUCCUUUUUGGUCAGCAGUGAGUGGUGCUGAAAUGCUUGGAUCUAAAAGGACUUAAAUGGUUUUAAAAUGAGUUUAACGGCUUCGUUGCUUCAUAAUAUUUUCCAGGUUGCUGCUGUUAUUUCUUAAAAAAAACUGCACCUAUUUUAUUGUAAUGAUAUGUUUAACCUGGUUAAUGUUGUUUGUAUUGAUCUCAGUAUUUUGAUUAUAACAUAUCAUGUCUUCUAUUCCCAUAUACCUUUGUUAGAGGGCAAAAAGUAUGAAAGACAGACAACAGCAUCAUGUCUAAGGGGUCAUCUUUUAGUAUGUGUAUCUCAAAGUGGAAAUGUUUCAUAUUAUGCUUUUAUUGUUCUUGGAGAACUUGUUACCUACCAUGCUGCCUUUGCUAACAGUAUUUGUGUAUUUCAUUAUCAUCAGGGUAUUAAUACUGGACAUGAGGAACGGUUGUAAAGUGAAAUUAAAAUCUCAUAAACGUGA